AUGAAUUUCAAUGUGAAUGAAACUUUGUUCCGCACAAUUACACAAUACAAUGACACCUCUUACACUGUUUGUUAUGUAGCUCCACCCAGAACUGUUUCAGAUGGAAUAUGGGGUGACCCGAACAGUGGCAGGACUCCACUGAAAUCUUUCUUUCCGAUAUUUCAAUUACAGAUCCUUAUAAUUUUUGCUCUCACACAAAUCUGCCGUUGCAUCACCAAGCCUUUGGGACUCCCUGUAUUUAUUUCACAAACGAUGGCUGGCCUAAUUCUAGCUGGUUCAUUCGAGCUAGCGCCAUUGCAAAAUUACAUGAAGAUGUUGUUUCCUUUUGGGUCUCACGACAUCAUUUCAUCAAUCUCAUCAAUUGGUCUUGUUUUCUUCAUUUUUAUAAACGGGGUGCAAAUGGACUUCAGCAUAAUAACAAGAACAGGAAACAAGGCUUGGGCCAUUUCCAUGACUGGGCUCGUAGCCUCAAUACUCUUGGGCCUAACCCCAAUAGCCUUUUUUCCUAAUAAAGCCCACAUAACUGAUACCUACGUGACAUUGGCAUUGCACUCAUUGACUUCAUUUCCGGUCGUUGCUUCCUUCCUCAACGAGCUUAAAAUCCAAAACUCCGAGCUCGGAAGGUUGGCAUUGUCGUCAGCCUUGGUGAGUGAUGUCUUGACCACAAUUGUUGCGUCAAUUGGUGUUGCGGCCAUGACGACUCCUAAUGUGAGAGUGAUGGCUACAGACUUGUUAUCUUUGUUUUUAUUUGUGCUCUUCGUACCAAUUAUCUUUCGGCCGAUGAUGCUUUGGAUAAUCAAACACACACCGGAAGGAAGGCCCGUGAAUGAUGGUUACAUUUAUGUGAUCAUCUCAAUGGUGUUUGUCCUUGGAAAAGUUUCGGUUGAAUUAAAUCAUGAGUUUGUCCUAGGAGCUUUUAUUUUGGGGCUUUCUGUGCCGGAAGGGCCUCCAUUGGGAUCUGCGUUGGUUAAGAAGCUUCAAUUCUUUAGCAACACUUUCUUGUUGCCAAUCUUUGUGACCACUGCUAUGUUGAGGGCAGAUUUUAAGAUGGACUAUUCAUCGUCAACAGUUUUGUUUAAUGGUUUGGUCAUCCUUAUUACUCAUUUAGCCAAAAUCAUGGGAUGCUUUCUAUCUGCGCUCUUUUGCCACAUGCCCGUUAUUGAUGCUUUUACUCUUGCUCUCAUUAUGAACACUAAAGGCAUAGUGGAAAUUGGCUCCUUAUGUGCCUUCUACGACAAUAAUCUAAUUGACAGCAAAACAUAUGCAAUGAUCAUGAUCAGCGUGAUGGUCAUAGCCAGCAUUAUGCAAUUAUCAAUAAAGUUUUUGUAUGAUCCUUCGAGAAAAUAUGCUGGCUACCAGAAAAGAAAUAUCAUCAGUUUAAGACCUAACUCCGUGUUGAGAAUUCUCGUGGCUAUUUACAAACCGAACCACAUUACACCCUCGAUAGAUUUUCUUGACAUCUGUCAUCCAACAACAGAGCAACCCAUCACUGUGGAUGCAUUGCACCUAAUCGAUCUAGUUGGGCGAGUCUUACCCGUUUUCAUCACAAAUGGUCUUCAAAAGCAAACAUCAUCAAUAGGUCCUUGCAGGUACUCAGAUAAUGUCAUUCUUGCUUUCGACAUGUUUCGUCAUGACAACCCAAACGCAACAUCAGUAUUUACUUACACAGCAAUAUCCCCACCCGACCUCAUGUAUGAAAAUGUUUGCACCCUUGCAUUAGAUAAAGUUGCAUCCAUGAUAAUUCUCCACUUUCAUCAAAGAUGGUCAAGUGAUGGAGGAGUCGAAUCCGAUGAUAAGAACUUAAGAUUACUAAAUUGUAAGGUCCUGGAAACAGCUCCAUGCACAGUUGGAAUCCUCGUGACUCGCGCCUCGCAACCAAGGAAAGAUCCAUGCACUAAAUUAGCCAUCAUUUAUUUGGGUGGAGCAGAUGAUGAAGAGGUUUUGUGCUUGGCGAAACGAGCAACCGUGAACCCGAAUAUUAGCAUUGUUGUUUACCACCUUGUUGUUAAGCAUCAAAUACCAGAAUUGGAGGACCUUAUGGUUAUGGAACAUGAAGUGUUGCAAGAAGUGAAGUAUGCACAAAAUGUGAAGUAUGAAGAAGUGUUUGUAAAAGGCGGAUCCGACACAGCCGUUUUUCUUCGUGACAUAGUACAUGCGCAUGACUUUUUCAUAGUUGGGAGACGACAUGGGAUCAAUGAUUCUCAAACCACGGGACUUACGGAUUGGAGUGAAUUUCCAGAAUUAGGUGCCAUUGGUGAUUUUCUUUCUUCACCAGAUUUUAAGUGUGAUGCAUCAGUUUUGGUGGUGCAACAACAGCUCUCGCACUAG